AUGAGAUGGGCCGUAUUGAGAACGUGUUCAAGCAAUGCUGAUUCGGAUGCCCAACUUGCCUCACAUAUCAUAUCAAUCCGUAAUCUUAACAUUCAAAUGGGGAAAUUCUCUCAAGCUCUUAAUACUCGUCCUAAGGGUGAACUACCAAGUGAUCCAGUGGUAAAUCCAAAGGGCGGUAACAAUACGGGGCAUGCUAUGGCGGUUAUCACAAGAAGUGGAAGAGGUGGGAAUGCACCCACCUUAAAUGAAAGGCGACUUGUGGAUGAUGACCAAGUGAUACAAGAGGAGGAAAUCCCAAACAAUGAUGUUCAAGUAAGUGAUGUAGUUUGGAUUGACAUUGAUGAUAGUGUGAAAGAGAAUCAAGAGGAGCAAAAUGGUGAGAAUCGAUUCAAGAAGUUCAUUCAAAUGAUGAGAAGUCUCUCUAUUAAUAUGCCAUUGGUAGAAGCUUUAGAACAAAUGCCAGGUUACGCCAAGUUUAUGAAAGAUCUUGUGAUGAAGAAGUGGUCGAUAAUUUUUGAAACUAUCAAAGUCACUCAUCAAGUGAGUGCAAUUGUUCAUUCUAUGGCUCCUAAGUUGGAAGAUCCCGAUGCUUUCAUGAUUCCUUGUACUAUUGGGAGUACCGAUUUUGCUAAAGCUAUUUGUGAUCUUGGGGCGAGUAUCAAUUUGAUGCCCUACCCGGUGUUUAAAACUUUGGGAAUUGGGAAACAAAGACCCAUAUCUAUGAGGCUGCAAAUGGCCAAUCGUACCAUGAAGAGGCCGUUGGGAGUGAUGGAGGAUGUUUUGGUCCGGGUCGAUAAAUUCAUUCUUCCAGUGGACUUUGUUAUUCUAGAUUGUGAGGUUGAUUAUGAAGUGACUAUUAUUAUUGGGAGACCUUUCCUUGCUACGGGUAAUAAUCUUUGUGAUGUGGAAGCCGGAGAACUCACUUUUCAGGUUGGUGAUGAAUAG